AGCAAAGCAUCGUUCAGAGUCAUAUCGGCAGGUACAGGUUCCGCCGUCAGAUUACCAGGACCAGCGAUUGAUAAACCAAACGUUUAUCGUUUUGGUACUCCGUACGAUGUGAUCUACAGGGAUUUAGAUAGUAAAGAUCGUGCAUUAUACACACGGAAUGGUCUGUUACCGAUGCUUGACCGUAAUCGAAAAGUCAAGACUGCUCCGGAGAAAUGGCAAGAGCAAAAGGCUGUAUUGGCUGAUGUGGUGAUUACGUGUGAGGAGAGAUGUUUCGAUGCUGUAUGUGAUGAUCUCUACGCAAGAGGAGGGGAAUACAAUCGUCCUAUUCAUGUGAUAAAUGUCGAAAUCAAAGAUAAUCCCGAAGAAGCAUUGAUAGCUGGUCAAAGUAUACUUGAAUUAGCCAGAUCAAUCGAAGCAGCUUCAGAUCUAGACGAAGAGAUCGACACGAUACUUCAACUUCAUUCGGAUAAACAUCCACAUACAUUAUCACACACUGUGGCUUUUUUCUAA